AUGCUCUCAAAAAAAUUGAUCAGGGCAAUCAUAUACGGUUUGGGUGGUUUUUUCAUAUUAAGUACCAUCUGGAUAGUGAAACGGAAAACUUAUGACUCGGAGGUCCAUCCAAUUGAGUUGACUUUUGAGCAAACUUAUGGUUUUGAUGAUUUUGAUGAGUAUAUUCUUGAUAUCCGGUUCAAAAAGUGUUCCAAAGCCUUGUCUGAUUGUACAAUACAAGAUUCUGACUCUGAAAAGUCAUUGAAUAUCAAAUGGGUCAGGAUCAAUAAGAAUUUGUUUCUCAGGAACCAAAAUCAAUGGAAUCUUGAUUUCAACAAUUAUUAUUUAUUUAUUAAAACCAUAAAUGCACCAGAGCUCAAGAAAGAUGCCUACCUCUCUGAAAACUUCCAUAAAAAAGACAAAUUUGUGAAUCAAAUAGCCAUUUACAAUCCAGAAGUCGAUUCAUCUAAGGAAAACAAGGAUAAAAUACCUUCAAGAAUUAUCAGUGAGUUCAAUAAUAAAGGGGAGUCACUUACUAAAAUGAUUACUGAUAACUAUAUUUAUACCAAGAAUAUGCUAUUUUCAGGGGCCGAAAAGAGAAAUGAGUUGCGAAUUCCAAGCUUGAAAGAGGUCAAAGGUUUGGGUUGGACUCAAGUGGAUCAUGGAUUGUGGUACAAAUUAGGAGCACUCAAUGCUCAGAACACAUUGCAAAAGCUUGAUGUUAUUUAUGGAGAAGAUGCUAUUGAUCCUCGUGCGGACUGGUAUAUGAUUCCAAAUAACUUGGAUAUUGAAGGCCAAGAAUUCUCAACUUUUUUAACUUUGCAAAACAAGCACUUGCUUAAUUCAGCAAAAACCAUAAAAAAACCAAAUUUAAAAAUUAAUUCCAAUGGGGAAUUCAAAAUCUUACAAGUUGCAGACCUUCAUUUCUCUACAGGGGUUGGUGAAUGUAGAGACCCUUUCCCUGAAGAAUCAGCAACAGAUUGUGAAGCUGACCCAAGAACCCUAAAGUUCCUCAGAAAAGUUUUGGAUAUUGAAAAGCCUGACUUCGUUGUAUUAACUGGAGAUCAGAUAUUCGGAGAGACAUCUCCAGACGCUUUGUCAUCUUUGUUGAAAUCGUUGGCGUUAUUCAUUGAGUAUAAAAUUCCAUUCGCCACUGUCUUGGGAAAUCAUGACGACGAAAGUACUCUAACGAGAGAACAGGUAAUGCAAAUAACCAGUAAUUUACCUUAUUCCCUUUCGCAGGUAGGUCCAAAGAAGGUUUCAGGUGUGGGUAACUACUACCUCACAGUUGACGGGCCAAAAUCCUCUAAUCCGGCAAUGCUGUUGUGGUUCUUAGAUACCCACAAAUAUUCCCCACUGCCAAAGACUAAUCCUGGAUAUGAUUGGUUGAAGGAUAAUCAAUUAGAUUGGCUUGAAAUUGAGCAUGCUGAAUUGAAGCCUGCAAUUUCCAAAUACUCACACAUUCACUUAUCUAUGGCUUUCUUCCAUAUCCCUAUUCCAGAAUUUAGAAAUUUCAAAGGAGAUAAUGUUGUGGGAUCAGCAAAAGAGGGGGUUACCGCUUCAAACUAUAAUACAGGUGUUAGGACAGUCUUUUCUAAGAUUGGGGUGAGUGUGGUAUCGGUUGGUCAUGACCAUUGUAACGACUUCUGUUUAUUUGAUGUUGAGGAAGGUGCAAAGAGCAAUAAUAAUCUAUGGCUAUGUUAUGGGGGUGCAGCUGGGGAAGGUGGGUAUGCAGGGUACGGUGGUACCAGCAGACGAGUUAGGGUCUUCCAAAUAGAUACCAAUCGUAACAGUGUAUCUAGUUGGAAGCGUUUAGAAAACGAUCCGCAUAAUAUAUUUGACAAGCAGCUCUUGGUUGAUGGGGGAGUGGCAAGAAUGUGA